CCCCGCCCCCCGCCUUUCGCUUUUAGCCGGGCCGGGCCCUGCGCGGCCGCCGUACCGGGGCGAGGCGGGCCGGGGGCGGCGGGGCCAUGGGGAACCUGUUCGGCCGCAAGCGGCGGAGCCGCGUCACGGAGCAGGACAAGGCCGUGCUGCAACUGAAACAGCAGCGGGAUAAACUGAAGCAGUAUCAGAAACGGAUCACUCUGAAUCUGGAAAGAGAGAGAUCUGUAGCCCGGCAGCUGCUGAGAGAUGGCAAGAAAGAAAAAGCCAAGUCAUUGCUAAAGAAGAAGCGCUACCAAGAGCAGCUGCUAGAUAAAACAGAAAACCAAAUCAGCAACCUGGAACGCAUGGUCCAGGAUAUUGAAUUCACCCAGAUUGAAAUGAAGGUGAUUGAAGGCCUGAAAAUUGGCAAUGAAUGUCUGAAUAAAAUGCAUGAGGUCAUGUCAGUAGAAGAAGUGGAAAGAAUAAUAGAUGAAACCCAAGAUGCUGUGGAAUAUCAAAAGCAAAUCGAUGAAAUGUUGGCCGGCAGCUUCACCGAAGAAGAUGAAGAUGCCAUUUUAGAAGAAUUAAAUGCCAUUACUCAGGAACAGCUCGAGCUCCCUGAAGUUCCCGCUGAGCCACUCCCGGAAAAGACCCCAGGUAGAGUCUCUUUAUUUGAUCGCACGACUUCCUGCUUCUCCUGCAUCUUCUCAGGGGUCUAACGGCAAGUUGGGCCCCUUGUUUGCGGUGGAUGUAGCGUUUCUGAAUGUGAGCGGCUGAACGGUGCCUGGUGCAGUGUGGGCUUGGGCUAUGCAAGCUUCUUCUGACAAUUGCAGCUUAUCCUGGACCUUCAGCACCCCCACGGCCCAGCCUCCGUCCAGCCUCUCAUGUUGUUCAGCAGUGCGUCUCGUAAUCUGCACAGUGGUCUAGCGCUCCUACCCUCUGGUAAACCAGGCCAUCCCAAGUGACAUUUCUCACGGGCAGGGAGGCUUCCUGGCACAGCACAAUGCAAAACACUUGUUAGCGUGCUAAGCUCACCCCUAGAGAACUUGUUGUGUUUCUCCCCCAGAACGUGGGUCAGGCUUGGGAGUCUGAUACCAGAAACGGUUGGGAUCCCUCCCAGCUCGGCUGCUAUCACAGUGUGCUGCUGCUAGCGGGGCUCCAGUUCCAAUCCAAUUGCUGCUCUUUUUAGGGUCAUAAACUAGGCCCAUCGCUGUCUCAUGAGCCCCGUGUCUCUCAGAACUCUAGGACCCCUGGGGCCUGGGUUCUGCAGAGGUGAUGCUGCUUGCCUCCAGAAGGGGCCCAUGUGCUGCCUCGCCCCUGAGCAUCCAGUGCAGGAGACAGCGCUGUAGGGGUUGUGCAGAUAGCACAAGGAGUAGAUGAUGAGUCAGAAUGCAAGGGCAGGUGAAUUGUGACACUCCUGGGCCUUAGCCUGGCUUUGGGGAGGAAGGAGUUAAAGUCUGGCCCCAGAGAAAUGGGGCUUUGCCCUUGCCGGAAGAGCUUCAAAGAACCCCUGCCCUGGGGGAGAAUGAUGAAAUGGGGCUGGACUCGCGCUGGGUUUGUGGAGCUGAGUCUCCCCUCGCUGUAGGAAAGGAAUCCAGCCUCCUGAUUGUAGGAGCCAGGAGCAGUAAAAGCCGCAGGACGUCUGGUUUUGGCUGUGACAGCUGGACAGUAAACAAGGGUCAGUCAGUCCAGGCUGUCAAUCAGUAGCAGGCUGGCCACACCCUAACGUGAGCUCUACUUGGAGAGGGCCAGCUCAGUCCCUGUGAGGAUGCAUGUUGUCGUAACACACAGAGGAGGGAGAUCUCUAGCCAGUGCCCUGCAGAAACUGCUUGCUUUGACCUUCUGUUGUAUGAUGCAGUGCACUGGUCUUUCCUGCUCCGGUUUCUAGACUGUAGCCAGUAUUUGUUAAGAUUGUAUUUUAACUGCUUGAGCAAUAUGUGGGGCAGAGGGAGAUGCUGGAUAAAUAGAAUUGCUCUUGGUGUAUCGUUCAGUAGAUUUCCCAGGUGCUGCUGGAGUGCUCCUCCCUUGCAGAGACACGAGAGAGGAGUCCUGUUUCUCUCGCAGGACUUGACUCUCUAUCUUCUCUUAUUCUGAACUUUCUUCCACAGAAGCAUCACCUGUCAAGAUCAAGGCCAAGCCAGAACUGGUGGCAGCAUCUUAAUUCCACUCCUGG